GGCGCUCCCGGCUCCUCCGGCCGAAGGGGCAUCUCCCAGCCCCUCGGGGCCUCCCCAGCGCCUCCCAUCUCUCCCCGGAGCCCCCGCGGAAGAGGACGCCGGACUAUGGAGCAUUGGCGGGACCCCGAGCCUGGGUCGGGUUUGUGGGCAGAGAUCGCCGGACCUUUCCCGGGGGCUGAAGUGCCUUUCCCCGCCCAUGUGCACCCAAGCCAGCAUCCCCUGCCUCUGGCUCAGCCUGGCAGCCCAGCUCAGGAGGAGGAGGAGGAGGUGCCCGGUGGCCUGCCCUGCCUUGCCCAAGCGGACAACGCCUACCUGGGGAUGAGCUCCAGGCUCCGCACACCAGGCCUCCAAGACCCGGCCAGGGGUACUUUCUUCUACUGGGCCAGGUGGGGCAAUGUGGCCCGUCAGCGCAAGACAGUGGAGGGCCUCCUGCAGCAACAACAUUGCUUGUGCCUGGCUCGCCACUACUGCCGGCGCCUGAAGGCGGCUUCGGACUUUGUGCGCCGCUUGAUGGAAGCCGAGCGACGUUUUGUGGCGCCUGCUGGCAGGCAGAGCUCUGACGGGGCCUGGCUGCUGCGGGGACUCUGCCAGGAGCUGCGGGUGCACACCUCUCAUUGGGGCUGCCUGCAGUGCCACCUGCGCAAGGACCCCUGGCUGAGGCCCCUGCUGCUUCGGCAGCCUGAGGCGGUGCAGCGCAUGAAGUGGUCCCUCGGGCUGCUGGCUCUGCAGGCGCUCUGCCUGCUGGAGAGAUGCUUGGAGGCCGUUCUGCAGCACUGGGCCUGUGGGCCACUCCCUCUGCUCUCAGAGGCCUUCCGGGGCCUGGAGAGCUAUAACCAGGGGCUGAGUGAGUGGGGCCUGCAGGGAGCCAAGCCGGGGCCAGGAGCUCCAGGGCAACAGGGGGUACAGGCUUUCUCUGUGGAGAGGGUGCUGGCCGUCUUGGCUGCCGAAAGAGGACGCCUGGCUGGUGACAGGCUGGCUCUGCUGCUGCCUUGGCAGCAGGCAGGGACCAGCGACCCGAGGCUCACAGCCGCUGACGCUUCCGGGGCGGGCGAGGAUCUCCCUGCACACCUGCAGGCCUUGUGCCGAGAGGAGGAGGAGGCGGUCAUGGAGCUGCUGCCAGGAUUGCUUGCGUCCACUGGUGGCCUGAAGCAUCGCCUCCUGCACCGGCCCAAGCAGGACCAACCCCAGGGGACCCCCGGUGCAGCCCAGGGCCUGGCCCCUACCCCACUGCCCAGCUGGAAGUCUUCUGAUCGGCUGGAUGCCUCCUUCGCCGAAGCAGCUGCGAUGCUCUGCACUGAAUACCGACCCCUCUUCUGGAAAGUGGCGUCGACCUCCUGGGUGCGCCAGCUGGAGCUCCAAGCGAACCAGGCUGAGUGUCAGAGGGGAGCCGGGGCUGCCCUGGGCCAGCGGGUGACCAACAGUCUGGUGGAGGCUUGCCUGCCUGCAGAGGCUGCGGAGGAACUGAAGGACGUGGCCCUUCGCCUGCUCAGGCGUGAUGCCCUGUGGCAAUGGGACCCAGGGUUCUGCCAUGCUCUGGGUACCAGCCUUGUGGACAGGUGCUUGCCCAAGCCCACGACUGUGGCCUGCAGCCAGACAGGGAAACUUUUGCGGAGCCUCUUCCUGCUCCUGGCCUUCUGCAUGAGAUGCCUGGAGAGGCAGCCUUUCCAUGGUGGCCCAGGGCAGCGCCUGGUCCUUGCCAGCCUCCACCUGUGCCUGCUUUCCCUCGCGGUGGCUACCUGCCAUGCCUCUUCCUACUGGACCAUGAGCAAAGCCUACCAGUACUUGGCCUCCUGGUCCCUCAGCCAAUUCCUUCUUGUGGCCCAAGGGGAUUUGCAGCUGCUGAAAACGGAAGCCAGGAAGAUGUUGGUGCUGGUGAGCAGGGCCUUCUUGGAGGACAGGUGGAAGCAGAGCCCUUUGGCCUUUCAUCGGGAGCGGGAACUGAGCCUGCGAGUCCAUUCGGCAACUACCAGCAUCCAACUUUUUGCCAAUGACGUGCUGGAGUUGUUUUGUCUGGACUGCAGACGCGUGUCAGCCGAGGUCUUUGGACAGGCCAUGCCGCUUGGCAAAUACUGGCGCCUUGCCCUGCAGGCAGAACCACCCUCCGCUGGCAGCAAGUAUGCCCAGGCUGCGGCCCAAGCCAUCCUAGCGCCGGUCCUGCAAGGUGUCCGGUGGCUUUCCCAGGAUUCCCAGGCUCUGGUCCUCAGCCGGGUCACAACGGCCUUCCUGGAAGUCUGGAUGGAGCACAUCCUGGCCCAGAAGAUCAAGUUCAGCCUCCAGGGAGCCCUGCAGCUGAAGCGGGACUUCGACCUGGUGCGGGAAACCCUGCAGUCGGAGGAGUACGAGCUGCCUGCCGAGGUGAAGCAGCUGGUUUCCUCCCUCCGGGCCUUCCAGCAAACGGACAACGCCGUCGCUUGCCUCCUCCAGCAGCCCAGCAAGGGCACCUUGUCCUCCUGCAGCUGGGACGCCCUGCAAAAGUGCUGCUCACGUGAUGGGAUGCGGUCCUGGCAUGGCAGCCCAGGCAGUCUGAGCAACCUGGAACACCUGGAAGGGCUGCCCGUCCGUGCUCGAGCUGGGCCAGAGAGCUGGGCGGCUGACUUGCUGAGCCGUGCCCCGGGAGGUGGCACAAGCUCCGAGACCUACCUGAGCCUGGCCCAGCAGGAGUGGCUGGCGCUGCGGCUGCACGGGGCCCGCCGCUGGAGGAUGCCCGCCCUCUCCUGCAUGGACCACCCCUCGGAGGCUUGAUCCCACUGGGCCUCCAGACCCUGAUCUCGGCCUGCCCUCCCUCCUUCUGAGCUGCUGGGCCUUCCGGCCACCCUAGUAGUGGGGGCUGGGGGCUGGGGCGGGUGGGAAGGAGCCCAAUCCCACAAAGGCCUUCCUUGGCUUGGCAACAUUCUGCAACAGCCCCCCCUGCCCCCCAGCAAUGGGCAACCCCGAUUUGGUAUAGGAGCCACAGGAAGCAGCCUCUUGCUCUGACUUGGAGCCAUUCCUCGUCCUGGCUGAGCCUUAUUCAGGACAAGGGAGGCUCGGCUGGGCCGUGGUGCACAGUGGGGUCAACUGGUCUGGUUCUCAAGCAGAGCAGGAAGUCAGGUAAGGGGCUGUUCCUGCAGGACCCCCCUUUUCCCCCCCAUCCUCUUGGUUCUGUUACCCACUCCCCUUUAGGGGGCACCUGGGACUGGGGUGCUAGUAAGUGCAAUUGGGGCAUUUCUUGGGGUGUUUGGGAGGUGGGGGAAGAGGAGGCCUGCACAGGUGAAUCGAAGCCCUGGCCACCUCCAUCGCCUGCCCAGCCUGCUUUGAAAGAGACAGGCAGAUGCUACGUCCUUGGUCCCUGUUUUGGCUUCUGUGAGGCCAGGCUCUCUCUCCUCAGGCAGGGACCUGAAGGUGCGCCAUUUGUCCUCAACCCUCAACAUCCUUUUCUCGCUUUGGCCCCUCGGCGUCUGACUAUCCAACCUCUUGAGGCCUUAACAAAAGCUGUUGCCACUCGGACAUCAGAAAGCCCUGGGUGGCUGCUGGUCUUUUUGAAGUUUUUGGCCGCAGUUUGUCUCUACGCUCUCGCUGGGUUGCUGGAGGAGGCAGGCGCCAGCCCAGGCAGGUGUCCCGAUCCUCGGGAGCGGGGUGGGGGACUUAGGGAAGCCCCUUCCUGCCCCGAAGGCUCCAGGGGCUGGUUGUCAGGGACACAUUUUUGGAGGCCUUGGCCAGGCAGAAGCGGAUUGCUGAUUUCUACAUUCAUCUCGUGUGAAAGACGAAAGGCUAAAAGAAAUAAAGGCCAUUAUAUACC